UGCAAGUUGGGCUUGGUAGGCUAUGACCAGGCUAGUUGGGCAGGUUUGAAUAUGUUUAGAUGACUUCAGGAAAUGAUGUAAACUAUCCUUGUGUGAAACUGAAAGUGGAAGCGUAUCAUACGUUAACGCCACAUCGCUUCACAUCAUCUUAAAGGUGGCAAUAUGGAAUUCCUGAAGUCAAAUGAAGAAGCUCUUUGCAAAUUGUUGGACCUUAAAAAGGUAAUGGAUCACGCUGAGGAUAUGGUAACAGGGAAGGAAUAUAGGAUUAUAAGUGAACAAGGCGGGAGAAAGGGAAUCGAGUCACUGCUGGGAAUCAUGCUCAAGAAAGGAGAAGAGGAUUGCCAAAAGUUUGUCACGGUCCUGAGGGAGAAUUUCCCUGAGGUUCAGAAGUUAGCUGACAGAGAAGCUUCAACAAGCCCCCAGCUUUAUGCAGAUCAAGGCAGCACUAUUGUGGCAUCAGAGACAGCUAAUGUGACCAUGAAUUCUUAUAAAAUGGAAGUCAAUGUGGAUGGGCACCAAGGAGGCAAUCACAAUCCUUCCCAAGUAUGCCCGCAACCAGCUGUUCCCAGCAGCGGUUCUCGUAUGGUGGCAACAAACAAUAGCCAUAUUUUUGCCCCAAAGUUGACAGGCAGCACAGUGCAACAGGACGUCUGCUUCUCUUUCAACUUCAAUCCUGGGGCCAAGAAUGCUGGAACUCGUCCUUCACAAACCUCAGGUGGAACCACAGGAAAAGGGUCUCUUCCAACAAUUUCAGAUAAGCUUGGCUUUUUAAAAAAUCAUUACAGCGAUUUGAUACAGAAAGUAAAAAAUGUGCAACCAAUUCUAGAUGCACUGAUUCAGAAAGAUUUCCAUAAAGAAAUGGUUGCGAAUGCGCGGGCAGAAAACACAGCCCAGAAGCAGAUGAGGGUGAUCUUGGAUGGCACAACCAGCAAAGCAGCAGCAGAAGCUCUAUUUGAAGCCAUACUAACCAAUGAAAGAAAGCUUAUGGCUGAACUGAUGUCAUCAGAAACAUAACUGAGACUAAUGAAAAGUUGAAUGAAAUAUGUUUUUAACCUUUUUACCUCUUUAGCUAUAGGCUACGUUUUUUUACAAUGGACCAAAGCCAUCUCAUUUUCAUUGUACAGUAUAUUCUCCACUGUAAGUGACAGUUGGGGAUUACACAUCUCAGGUUAUGUCAAUCUUUUAUCUUGAUGUAUUCAAUUGAUCAAUGUUAUACUGUAUUUUAGGAAAUAUAGUUUUUUAUUACAUGCAUUCAUUUAUAAUCGAUGAUGGGGAUAUGGAAUAUAUUUUUUAUAUUUUUAUAAUAUUAGCCUACCACUUAAAAAAACUUUGUUUAAUCAGAUAAUAGAAUAUUGUAUAAAUAUAGCACACCUGAUUUUCCAAGAUGAACUGAAGCCAAAUGUGCCAACUGAGCUUUUUACUAGUCAGAUCAAAGAUGUCUUUUUUUAAGGCUGCAUAUAGUUUUUAACAGAAGUGCACAAGGCAUGGUCACAAAUCAGAAGUGGUCCAACGUAAACUGACAUUUUUAAUAUGAAGUUUGACUUUCAGAAAUUAUACCACAAAUCAUAUUUGUGAAGUUUGACUUUCAGCAAGUUUGCAAUAUCCUACAUUUUAGCGAUCCAAUUAUUUUUGCAAUAUAAAUGUCUGAAGUAUUUCUUUUAGAAAUUAUAUUGCAAAUAAAACUGCAAUAUCAGUCAGAAAAAUCGCAAAUACAUAUCAUGCUGAAAUUAUGUAGCCCAAAUAUGUGAUAAGGAAGGGAAUGUUUUUGUAAGGGAAACCACAACGGAAUAUGAUAGCGGGUUAGCUCGCUUUUUUAAAAUGUCUGUUCAUACGUGUCAAAAAUAUAAAAAAUAUCACAGAAUUCAAUGGAAAAAAACAGAUAUAUUGUUGUCUUGUGCAUUAUUGCCUACUCUCUUUGCAAAAUA